AUGUUUCUGAAGAUCAAAUACUUUCAGAUUGUAGUUACCAUGUUCAUCAAAUCCCGCCCUUCGUUCCAAGCAGGCAUAACUCCGCCUUUUUCAGAUCUUCUAUCGAACCCAUUAAAAGGAUACGCUGUGCUGAACAUGUGCCUUCAAGAAGUUUUCCAAUUCCACGUUGCCAAUCCAUCUCAAGUGAGUCUUCGAUGUCUCUGUAAGAGAGACGGGUGCAAUCUUCCAAUGAACUUCACCAGCUUUCUAGAUUACAAUAAACUUGCAAUGCCGGAAAUCCACAUAUAA